AUGUACGGCAUAUCUAACAAAACUAGCAACGACGAGCGGUCAGAAGUGGUUGGAGUGAUCACUGCCGACGGUCUCAUCGACGGCCACAUCCGGACGCCCACCGAAGACUACUAUAUAGAGCCGGCGGACCGUUAUUUCGAUGAACAAGACUUUCACUCAAUUAUAUAUCCGCUUUCGGCGGUCGACUUCCCGCGCCGACUACACGACGAUAACAACGCAUACCAUGAAUACAGUGGCGAUACUAUUAUGAAGAGUGGCUCACAUGAGAGAGCUAUCGAUUAUGUGUUCAGUCAAUUAGCCGACCGUUCAUUGAAUAAGAAAACAAAAAGCAAAACAAAUACGAGAGAAGAGGAGGAGAAGGAAACGAAUGGCAUCGGAGACGACACGACACCCACGACAACGACGACGACGACGUCUACCACCAGAAGCGGAAGAAUGGGUCGCAAAACGCGAGUCAAACGACAGGACAGUAAUCAAAUUAACGGACAGACAGUGGAAGUGAGUUAUGAUGACAGCGAAACUCAUGGAAACAAUAUUAAAAGGGAGGGAAAGCCGUACUAUUGGAGAGAUAAGGAUUCGCUGCACUACACAGAGUCGGAGCCGUAUGGCGUGCGGGCCGUCCACCGGACCCACUGGACAGACGACCGGCACGACAGGCAUGUGGUGAUCGACCCGAAGAAGACCACGUGUAUGCUCUACCUUCAGGCGGACCAUCUCUUCUACGAGAAAAUGGGUUCAGACGAGGCCUGCAUUGAGGCCAUGACUCGACACGUCCAGAAAGUGAACAGUAUUUACCGAAACACCGAUUUUGACCAGGAUGGCCGGUCGGACAAUAUAUCAUUCCUAAUUAAGCGCAUUAAAGUACAUACGGGCGACGCCUUAAAGGACCCGGAGUACAGGUAUCCCAACAAUUAUGGAGUGGAAAAAUUUCUGGAGCUCUUCUCGGAGGAGGAUUACGACGCCUUCUGCUUGGCCUAUAUGUUCACAUAUCGCGACUUCGAGGGCGGGACGCUUGGCCUCGCCUGGACUGGCGAUCUCAAGAAUGCCGGCGGUGUUUGCGAGAAAAACGGGGUAAUUUAUACGAGUGCUCUACCCCUCGUCUAG